UUGUAUCGUCGGUACGGUAUUGUCACGUUCUCUCCGCCUUCUGUUUACGGCAGAUCCACUUGGAUUUUUUCUUCGGGCAUCAGAUUUCAUAUAGUCUCUGCCGUGGAUAUCAACUGAUAUUCAAAGAAUAAACCGGCCUCACCAUGCCCUCCGUCGACGUGGAAAAAAAGCGCAAGCGCGCCUCUGACCGCCACGAACGGCCGAGCAAAAAGCCUGCCCUGGAAUUGCAGGACUUGCCGCCGCUGGCCUCAAGCGUGGUGGAAGAUCACAACGAGCUGGCGCCAGUAAUUGCAAUCACUCCUGGCGUUGUACCCCCGCGCAAUCUCCAAUUGACGCCGUAUAUCAAGAGCCGCGAUGAAGAAUCCGCCUCCUCCCGGAAACACUCCCACCACAACCGUGGUAUUGCGAGUAAAGAGGUCCUGCUGCAGUCCUCCGAGCACCCAAAGCUAGACUUCCUAGGCCGCGAGGCCGAGGACCAGACCGACGCCCAGCUGAAACAUUAUGUUGCCGUCGUGGAUCCGGAACAAAAGACAUGGCAGUUUGUCGAGGUUCGCAAGAUUACUCUGCGCGGAGGAAUUAGGAGAUAUAAACCUACGGACGACGACGAGGAGGAAGCUGAAGAAGAGAUGCAAACCAUGCGUGCUCAACGCAAUGCCCUUACCAACACGUUCGGAACCAAGCAAUCGCGCAAGGCCGUACAGUCCAUGGCCGAGAACGCGCAGCUGUCCAACGCCCCCACAGGAAUUGCCAAUGCAGCCGAGUCGGCCAUUCUGUCCUCGAUGCCCGUCGAGUCACUGGACAUGGCCUCCAAGGCGGCCAGCGUCCAGGCCACCGUGCAGGCCGCGAAGCCCAUCCCCGCCGCCAACCUGGCCGCCACGCAUCCGUCAGACGUGUACCCGAUCGAGGUUCUGGUCCCCAACGGCGUGUCCACCCUGCGCCAGCUCCCGGGUGUCCAGGAAUGGCGGGACCGCGUCCUCUCCGGCCAGGGCGUUUCCACGGGCUCCCGCUACGUCUCCAACCGCGUCGACGCCGUCGUCCGCUCCGGCAACACCACCCACCUCCAGGUGCUUCGUUUCAUCCUCCUGCUUCUGGAAUUCAACCGCGCCCUUCGCGCCGGCCCGCGCGGCGACUCGGCCAAAUCCGCCGGCCCGGGCAGCAAGCGCCUCCCGCCCAGAGAAGAACUGCGCCGCAUCUUCUCCACUUCUACAGGUGUAGCCAAUACCUCCAAAGCUGCUGCCGCAGAACAGUUGGAAUACGAUUCUUCUUCCUCGUCAGUCAUCCCGGAUUCCGUCAUCGACGCCAUCCGCCGCAAGUUCGCCCCGCAGGGCUCCCUCCUCACCAAGUUCGACGUCACCCUGCUGCACACCACCAUCUGCGCCUUGACCCUGCAUAUCCCCCCGCAGCCAGCCAAGGACGGCGGCUCUAGUACCCAGGGCGGCAAUUCCCCCAACGAGCUGGCUACCGACCCGGCCGAUCUGCGCGAUGACCUACGCGUCGACUCCGCCACCGCGGCUCAGUACUACCGCGAACUUGGCUGUCGGGUCGACAAGCCCCGCGAAUCCGAACACGCCAAAUUCGGCAUCAAGGGCGGCAAGGCAGAGGCCAACACCAAACGCAUCGCUAGACUUCGUGUCCCCGUCGAGUUUCCCAAAGUCAGCCGCGGUGGCGCCAAGAGGUAAAUCCCCUAGGCUAAACCGCUCUCGUCUGUUUGUCAAGAGCCAAGAAAAGAAAGAAAAAGAAAAAGAAUGGAAAGGAAGGAAGGAAAAAUCUGUUUCGUGUUUCUUCUAUAUGGCGUUUUUUUCUUUUUUUAAUUUACUGUGUAUUAGCGGAUAUAUCCAGAUUGUGUACAAAUCUGAAACACUAGGACCUAACCAAUCCAUGCAUUAACUAUAAAGGACUGAAAUGUUUCUGGCUUCUACUUCCUAC